CAAAAGGGUAGCCAAAAAAAUUUGACAUAUUUUUGUUGUUUUUUUAUUUAAAGUUGUAUUUUGUUCAAAAAUCAAAACUUCCUUCGAAUUCCCAAUAAUAAAUUCAUUAUUAUUUGCCCAUUAUUAAGGGCAUAAAUUCCCUCCCUCCUCCAUACCUAAAUACUUCACAGGUACAAGGCCCUUUUCAAAACCCAACCAAGUGAAUAAAAACACCUGGCAGGUAAAGAGAGAAACGUUUUUAUGGGCAUGGGAUAUUUACCAUUGUUUUGGUCAGGUUCCAGGAAUUUGCAUAAGAAAGAGUGAAGGAAUUUUAUUUUACUAGCAAGAAAACAAGUGGCAAAAAAUAUGACUGCCUCGCAAAACUCUGCGGCCCCUCCGUUGCCCCAGCAAAACGGUUUACCAACCUCCAUACCCCAAAUGCCUCCUACUCCUAUAAAAACCCGAUUUCCAGAAGACCACAACAAAUUGGUAACCAAAAAAUUACUACCCAUUGCAGGGUUUUUUGUUGCCUUUGCCACAGUCAUGACUGUUUUGAUCUUGUACAUGGAUAAUACUGCCAUGAAACACCAUCAAUUCACUUUGAGCCUCAACAAGGACAUGGAAUUGAAUGGUAUUGCACAAGAUGAUCCUCAAUUAAUCAUGUAUCUCAAGGAAAUGGCCUUAACGCCUGCAGUUGAUAAGCACCAUAAGGCUUUGGAGUCUCAAGAUGUUGUCACUAGUGAAAUGGAGUAUGUUUUGAAGUUGUUAAACAAUAAGAAAAAUGGUUUGUUCAUUGAAGCAGGCGCCUACAGCGACAGUAAAACAUCAAAAACUGAAUACCUAGAGCGCAAUUUCGGUUGGAAAGGUCUUUUAAUCCAACCGGACCCUCGCCAUUAUUUUAAUUUGAAAAGGCACAACCGGGAAAAGAGCCAGUGCGUCCACGCUUGUCUCAGUCCGAUGCCUUAUCCAAGAGAAGUCACUCUGCACAAUGAAAACGACGUAAAAAUCAACGACUUGCACAGCAACUCCAUAGACAAUCCAGAUUGGUUGGUGAUUCGAGUAAAAUGUUUUCCUUUGUAUUCACUUAUUUUAGCUCUAAACAGCAGCAGCUUGGAUUAUUUGAAUUUGGAAACUGGCGGUACAGAGUUGCAAGUUUUAGAAACUGUACCUUUUGAUAGGGUAAAAAUUGAAAUAAUUGCAAUCGAUUUGAAGGAGAACGAUACAGAAAUUGGGACGAUUAAGAAGUUUUUAGCAACGAAAAAGUAUAAAUUUAUGGAUAGGUUCAAUGGCACUUAUCUAUUUAUGAUUAAUAGAGUUAAAAUUUAAAAAUAAUUUAUUUUUUUGGUAUUAAUUAGGACAAGUAUUUUUUUUUUUUAUUUGAAAGACUGAGUCGCGCAAAGAACAAAAUAAUUGUUGAGCUGUUUUUGAUCAAAAUUAAGGGUGUUGGCUAUUUUUGUGUUGCUUAAUCUUAGGUAAUGGAAAUUAUUGUCAGUAAUAAUUGUCUAUUUUGUAACGAUUUAUCACACAAUCAAAUAUAAAUAAAUAGAUCUCAAAAAUAAUGCUCUCUAAUUAAAAUGACAGCUUGCUUUUUUUUUGCUAAUAUUUAUUUUUUGUAUUAAGUAAUAGAUUGUAUGCAUAAUUAUUCCAAAUGUAUGUAUGUACAGGGUUUGUUCCGUUAUAACAGUUCUAGAUUUCAUUUCUAGUCAAUUUUUUGAAAGUUAUAAACAAUACCCUGUGCAUGUUAAUUUUUUGACCAAAUUAUAUUGAAUAGUGCCUUAGAUAUUCAACUAAUUAGGUUUAGUUAAUCGUAGAUUUAGGCCUUUAUUCACGAACAAUUCAUUCCUUUGAACUUAUAAUUAAGUUGGUUUAAUUUAAGGAAAUUUAGUAUUAUUGUUUAGUAAUUAAUUUUUUUUUGUACUUAUUUCAAUUAUUAUUAGUUUCAAUUAUUGGUAAAUAAAUUGCAGAUAGUGAGAAAAUUAUUGCUAUUAAUUCUAUAUCCUUUGAAGCCUAAUUUUUAUUGAAACAAUUGUAAAAUAGAUUAAAGAAAAUUAGGUAACAAAAAAAAUUGUUUAGCACAUGCAUAAAUUUUUUUUUUUAUUCAGGGCUCUCUACGGUUGUAAAGUAUCCAGG